GAGCCCUUCCAUCCGAAACCAAGCUCCUCCCCCGUUUCUCACCAGCUUCAUAUAAGUUGUACCUUACAGCCCUAUCAUUUCGUUCUCACAAAAUCUCAUUAACAAUCCACAAACUUUCCGUUUGUUUCUCGAGAAUAUUUAUAUAUAUUUGAAUUUUAAGCGAUGGAAUCAUCGGGAAAAAUAAAGAAAGGAGCUGGAGGAAGAAAAGGAGGCGGUCCAAAGAAGAAGCCGGUGUCCCGGUCCGUUAAAGCCGGUCUACAGUUUCCGGUCGGCAGGAUCGGUCGCUACCUGAAGAAGGGACGCUACUCUCAGCGCGUGGGAACUGGUGCUCCGGUUUACCUUGCCGCUGUGCUCGAGUACCUUGCUGCUGAGGUUCUUGAGUUGGCUGGUAAUGCGGCUAGAGAUAACAAGAAGAACAGAAUCAUACCUAGGCAUGUUCUUCUGGCUGUACGGAAUGACGAGGAGCUUGGGAAGCUUCUUGCUGGCGUGACCAUUGCUCAUGGUGGUGUGUUGCCGAAUAUUAACCCAGUUCUUCUGCCGAAAAAAUCCGAGAAAGUAGCAACCAAGGAGCCGAAAUCUCCAUCCAAAGCUACCAAGUCCCCAAGGAAGGCUUAGGUUUUAGUCUUGUUAUUGUCUUUGUAUGUGUAUGUAACUUCCUUCAAUAUGCUUGACUUGUAGGAUAACUUCAUGGUGGUAGGGAUUAGAACCAUUGUUCUGCUCUAUUCGCUGCAUCUGUAGAACUCUUUUUCGAAUGAACGAAAUCAUGCUUCUGAAAUUUCA